AUGUCUGAGGGAGCUUACCAACGCCUCUGGGAGGCCUCCCACGUCACCCUGCAAGAGGCGCUGGACCGAGAGCCGCCUCUGCUCGAACCCGUGCCCAUCCAGGAGCGGCAGAACUUCCAGUACAGGCUCUCGUUGCUCUAUCUGUACUACCUGGGGCUGUUGCGCCGCUUCGACACGGCCUACGACCAGAUGGUGCAGCCGCAGAAGCGCCGGCUGCUGCGGCGCCUACUGGACGCGGUGGCGGGCCGGGUGCUGGAGCUCAAAGAGGAGAUGGUGCGCGUGGACCUGUGCGAGACCCACUGCCUGGACCGUGUGCUGCAGGACCUCAAACUGACCCCGGCAGACCUGGAGGUUCCCAUCCCUAAAUACUUUAAGCUGGAACAAUCUAGCACUAUAAAGGGGCGACAGCAGAUGCUGGCUGAGAUCCUGAGCAGACUGGAACCACUGAUCUCCCAGGAGAACUUUCCAGUAAUGAGCCGGACUGAGGCCAUAAUUCUAGUGCAAAGUGCUGAGCGGGCCAGGCAGGGCCGGCUCCGAGCCACCUUCACGCGAGAGAUUCAGAAAGAGGAGGAACGAGAUCGGAGGAUUCGGGAGGAUGGGUGGCAGAAGAUCAGUCAGGAUCAAGGAGCUAUUGUCAUACAGAAGGUGUGGAAAGGUUACUUGCAGAGGAAACACAUUCAACAGGAUCGGCGAGCGGAGAUGGAGUUCAUCAGCAUGCUCCCCUCAUCCAACCAGGUGGCACACUUGAGCAUCAUCACCCAGGCCUGCCAGGGGGAGGAGGCCCGGAGGGUCCGGCAGACAGAAAAGGAGGAGGAGUUCCAGGAUGCCAUAUCAAAGAUUCAUCAUACCCUCACAGAGACGGAGGGGCCUGACAUGAAGGAGAAGAUGAAGACGGAAAUCCGACAGUGGUUUAUUGAGUGCCAUGCCCUUACUGGUCGGUUCCCUGAUUAUCCAGAUGAGUCUUCAGGUGGAUCCUAUCUGAUCUUUGCAGACAAGACUCCAGAUCAGGUGCAAAUGGAGCUGGAGAUGCAGGCCCAGGAGAGUAAAAAGGGGCAAGAGAAGGGUAAGGAAAAAGAGGAGAAAAGAGAGAAGAAAAAAGAGAAAGUGAGGACGGAACCAGAAGUGAUGUUCAAAGUGUUGCCAUCCAAAGUCAUCCCUAUGAUUAACGCUGGUCAUGAGGAGUACAUGAAUGUGUGGAAGAACAGGUUCGACAACAAACAUCCCAGCCAGAGCUUUGAUUCUGAGAUGCUCAGGGAAGAGAAGCGGAAGCAGGUGGAGGAGGAGAUCCGGGUACAGGUGGAUGAGCUGAUGAGGCAGGAGCUGAAGAACUUGCGUCUGGCUGUGGACAAGGAGGAGGACAGACCCAUGAAGGCUCUAAAGAAAAAGUCUGGAAAGAGAACCGGGAAGGAGGAGAAGAAGGAGAAAGAUCUGACCCCAGACAGGUCUGUGGACUCAUUGUUUGAAGAGCUUGUCGUUAUUGGCAUUAUAAAGAAGAACGUGAUUGUGGCCCUGAAAGACUAUGUUGGUGACUGCCUCUAUCUCGGAUCCACUCUGACAUUGGCAAACAAGAUGCCCAUGCCCUCCCUGUUUGAUAUACGACAGAACAUAGCCUUGUAUGGGGUCCUUAGACUGGGCUCCCAAGACAUACAUUCCAUAGCUCCCCAUGUCCGCUCCAUCCUUCUGGUGGGACCCUCUGGCAUGGGGAAGAAGAUGUUGGUCCAUGCAGUAUGCACAGAAACCGGUGCCAACCUCUUCGACCUGUCACCCAGCAACGUGAUGGGCAAAUACCCUGGCAAGAACGGGGCACAAAUGCUGGUGCACAUUGUUUUUAAGGUGGCCCGGUUCUUACAGCCCUCUGUGAUCUGGAUUGGAAAUACUGAGAAGACCUUCUAUAAGAAGGUUCCGAAGGAAGAAAGGAGGAUGGACCCGAAGCGAUUAAAAAAGGACAUUGUAAAGUCCAUACGACUGCUGAGUCCUGGUGACCGGGUGAUGCUGAUAGGGACCACUGACUGGCCACAACUGGCUGAGACGAAGGCACUGUGCCGGUUCUAUGAGCACAUUCUCUUCAUUCCUCGGCCAGAUUAUGCUUCCCGCUAUGUACUCUGGAAGCACAUGAUAGAGGUCCGGGGAACACAGUUGUCCCAGAGCCUGGACAUUAGUGCCCUGGCUAGAGUGUCUGAUGGCUACACAUCCGGUCACAUUCUACAAGCCGUUCACUCAGUGAUGACCAAACGGCGGCUCCAGCAACUGUCCAAGAGGCCACUGGCGGCUUCUGAGUUUGUGGGGCACCUAGCAAGGCUGGAGCCGAUAUACAGGGAGGAAGAGGAGAGCCUGAAGGACUGGUACUUCAAGACUCCACUGAGCAGGAAGAAUAUGAAGUUUAGCAAGGACCAGCAGGAGGCUGAGGAUGCCAGGAUGGUAAAGGAGAAGAAAAGGAAGUGA